AAUUAAGGUCGAAUUGGGUCUUAGCAGUCGAUCGCGCAAUCAGAAUUGGUGGCUUUGACCUUUUGCGCUGUGUGUGGACAGAACGACCACCAAGGCACUGCAGAAUCAACAAACACGCAGAAGCUAAGCAAUCAAUCAAAGUCCGUGUUUGGGAUCUUCUCUUCUACCCCGACGACUCCUUCCUUCCACUUCCACUUUAUUUUUUUAUUGAAGUCGGCUCCUUGAUGGUCAAAUCCUUCUCUCUCUCUGUUUUGUCUUUAUAAUUCCUCCCCAAGAUAAGAAUCCAAAAGACGGACCCUUCUUCGCCCUUCUCUCUUCCGGUCUUCCUCUCCUUCGGCGUCAAGGCCUUUUCGUGAUGGCUUCGUCUGCGGCGUGUGCGGAACGGGCGACGAGCGAUAUGUUGAUCGCCCCGGAUUGGGCGAUCAACAUCGAGUUGUGCGACAUUAUCAAUAUGGAUCCUGGACAAGCAAAGGAUGCACUGAAAGUACUUAAGAAGCGUCUUGGAAGCAAGAACCCAAAAAUUCAACUUCUAGCACUUUUUGUGCUAGAGACUCUAAGCAAAAAUUGUGGAGACAAUAUUCACCAUCAGAUUGUUGAGCGGGAUAUUUUACAUGAAAUGGUUAAAAUAGUGAAGAAAAAGCCAGAUUUGAAUGUGAGAGAAAAGAUUUUAAUUCUGAUAGAUGCUUGGCAAGAUGCUUUUGGGAGAGCAGGAGGAAAACAUCCCCAAUAUUAUGCUGCAUACCAAGAACUUAGGGCUGCUGGAGUUGAGUUCCCACCCCGAACAGAAAACACUGUGCCACUAUUUACCCCUCCACAAACUCAUCCUAUAGAAUAUCAGCCUGCCACAUCAGCAUAUGAAGAUGCUGCUUUAGAAGCUUCCCUUCAGUCUGAUGUUUCUGCUCUCAGCUUGCAAGAUAUUCAGAGUGCUCGAGGGAUAGUAGAUGUGUUAUCUGAGAUUCUCAAUGCAUUGGAUCCCAAUAACAGAGAGGGCUUAAAGCAAGAAAUUAUUGUUGAUCUGGUCGAGCAGUGCCAUUCUUAUAAAAAACGUGUCAUGCAUCUUGUAAAUAAUACUGGAGAUGAAGAGCUUCUUUGUCAGGGUCUAGCUUUGAAUGAUGACCUUCAGCACAUACUGCAACGGCAUGAUGAUAUCUUAAAGGGAACUGCUCCAAGUGGUGGAGCCCCACUUGCUUCUGCUGCACCUAUUGUUAAUAAUGUAAACCAUGAAGAUGAUGAGCUUGAGGAUGAUUUAUCCCAUUUGUCUCUCAGGACCUCAAGGGAUACUGCAACAGGGCAGAGCAGGAAGGCUUCUAAUGUCAAAAACCCAAGCCCAUUUCUUCCUCCACCCCCACCAUCGAGGCCAAUCAGUACAGAGGCAAACACAGUCGACUAUCUAAGUGGUGAUGUUUUCAGAUCAGAACAACCACUGGAUGCACCACUUGGCGCACCUCUGCCACCCACUCUUGCUCCACGCUCCCUUGGCUCUUCUGAAUCAGCUCCAACAUUGAAGUCAUCUGGACCACCCAGGUACGAUGAGCCUAUUCAAGCAGCAAAAUCCGGCGAAGAGCAGCCUCCAAAGGCUCCUUGGGAACUGCCGCAGCCUUCUGGUGUGAUACCACCACCCCCAUCAAAAUACGGCCAAAGGCAGCAGUUUUUUGAGCAGCAGAAGCAUGGUUAUUCUGAUGGAAACUCGAUAUCACCUUAUGAUGGAUUUGUAGCUGAAGACCAGCAGGACUUCAAUUACCUUCAACAACAUGAUCAGCAGCAUUUGGGUGGUCUAGACUCUUCGCCAUCAGCCCAGCAAGCCAAACCUGAGGACAUGCUCUUCAAAGACUUGGUCGACUUUGCAAAGGCGAAAUCAUCUCCAUCAACCAAGCUACCCAGCAGUCGAAGAACCCGCUAAGUGGUUUCCCUAGAGCAGGUUUGGCUAAAAGAGACUGGCAGGUGUGGAAUAAAGGAAGACAUUUAUGGAUUUGAUUAUUGUCCAAGCUGGUUAUUCUGUGGUGUAUAUGUUGGAGAGAGUCGCUUUGUUGACAAUUAUAUUCUGCUUACACAACAUAUCUUCUUAGGUUGUUUCUAUGUAAAAAGAAAUCAUACUUGUUUUACUGAUCGAUUUCACGUGGACGUCUUUUUGUUGUUA